UCGCGCGCUCUGGCGCCAUCUUUGCUACCGGUGUUGUCUCGUGCGCGCCGUAGCAGCACGCGCUGGUCGUCUCUUCACACAGUAAAGAAGAAACUCAACGCUUAUUAACGCGUUAUACUGCGUUGUUCCCAUCAGCGGGAGUGAGGUCUAGGCCUCCUGUUUUCCUGUAGAUCUGCGUCGCCGGUGUGCGACAUCGAACCAGCCAAAUGGCCGACAAGAACACCAGAAUUGCUAUUGUAAACCACGACAAGUGCAAGCCCAAGAAAUGCCGUCAGGAGUGCAAGAAGAGCUGUCCGGUGGUGCGCAUGGGGAAGCUGUGUAUUGAGGUCUCGCCUCAGAGUAAAAUCGUCUGGAUCUCAGAGUCUCUCUGCAUCGGGUGUGGAAUCUGUAUCAAGAAAUGUCCGUUUGGUGCUCUUUCCAUCGUGAACCUGCCAAGCAACCUGGAGAAGGAAACCACACACAGAUACUGUGCUAAUUCCUUCAAGCUGCACAGGCUGCCCACCCCUCGUCCAGGUGAGGUGCUGGGGCUUGUGGGUACUAACGGUAUCGGGAAAUCCACUGCUCUCAAAAUCCUGGCGGGAAAACAGAAACCAAACCUGGGGAGAUUUGAUGCUCCCCCUGACUGGCAGGAGAUCCUGGCGUAUUUCCGCGGCUCCGAGUUGCAGAACUACUUCACUAAGAUCCUGGAAGACGACCUGAAGGCCAUCGUAAAGCCGCAGUAUGUUGAUCAGAUCCCCAAAACCGUUAAGGGGUCAGUAGGCGCCAUCCUAAGCAGGAAGGAUGACACAAAGACAGAGGAGCUGGUGUGUGGACAGCUGGAUCUGUUGCACUUGCGUGAACGUAAUGUGGAGGACCUUUCAGGAGGAGAGCUGCAGAGGUUCGCCUGCGCAGUCGUGUGCAUUCAGAGAGCUGAUAUUUUCAUGUUCGACGAGCCGUCCAGUUAUCUAGAUGUGAAACAGAGGCUGAGAGCCGCCAUCACGAUCCGCUCCCUUAUUUCUCCAGACCGGUACAUCAUUGUGGUGGAGCACGACUUGAGUGUGUUGGAUUACCUGUCGGACUUCAUCUGCUGUCUGUAUGGCGUUCCCAGCGCUUAUGGUGUGGUGACCAUGCCCUUCAGCGUGCGAGAAGGAAUCAAUAUUUUCCUGGAUGGCUUCGUGCCGACGGAGAACCUGCGCUUUAGAGAGACGUCUCUGGUGUUCAAGGUGGCUGAGACGGCGGCUGAGGAGGAGGUGAAGAAGAUGUGCCGUUACCAGUAUCCCAACAUGAAGAAGUGCAUGGGAGAGUUCUCGCUCACCAUCACUGAAGGAGAGUUCACCGACUCCGAGAUCAUGGUCAUGCUCGGAGAGAACGGAACUGGGAAAACCACGUUCAUCAGAAUGCUUGCAGGAGGACUCAAACCAGAUGCCGGAGGUGAUGUGCCCAUCCUGAACGUCAGCUACAAACCACAGAAGAUCAGCCCCAAAUUUAAAGGCAGCGUGCGAGCCCUGCUGCACGAUAAGAUCAGAGACGCGUACACACACCCUCAGUUCGUCACUGACGUCAUGAAGCCCAUGCAGAUCGAAAGCAUCAUCGACCAAGACGUCCAGAAUCUGUCUGGUGGUGAGCUCCAGCGGGUCGCUCUCGCGCUGUGUUUAGGAAAGCCUGCGGAUGUGUAUCUGAUCGACGAGCCCUCGGCAUAUCUGGACUCUGAGCAGCGUCUGAUGGCCGCCAGAGUCAUCAAACGAUUCAUCCUUCACGCCAAAAAGACGGCAUUCGUGGUGGAGCACGACUUCAUCAUGGCCACGUAUCUGGCGGACCGAGUCAUUGUCUUCGACGGGAUUCCCUCCAGAAGCACCAACGCCAAUGCUCCACAGAACCUGUUGGCCGGCAUGAACAAGUUUUUAUCUCAGCUAGGGAUCACGUUCAGGAGAGACCCAAACAACUUCAGACCAAGAAUUAACAAACUCAAUUCCAUUAAGGAUGUGGAACAAAAGAAGAGUGGAAACUACUUCUUCCUGGACGACUGAAGAUCCGCUCAGUAUGACAUCAAACCGGCAAACGCUGGCACUGCGGACUUACAUGUUUGACUGAAUUACCACCGCCGUCACACUGCCCAGCGGCUCCAUUUCAAACACACACUUCUGCUCUCUCCUCUCGGCCAUUGGUGCGAUUCAACAAACGACAACAUGACAAGACCUGCGAGAUGAAAGCCAAGCUUGUGAAAUCUUCGCCAGAGAGAGGAGAGGACAUGAAACCUGGAAAAUAUGUAUGUUUCUGGGUGAAUUACUGUUAUCAUCAACAUAACUGAAGUUAUUUCUGGUCAUAAAGUGGUGUGAACGGCUUAACACACGGCAAACAUGCAACUGUAUAUUUUGAAUAAAAUAUUUUAAUCAUGUUA